CGCGGGCCAGCCGCGGUGCCUGACGGGAGACACAGUCGGCGGGCAACGCCGCGCUACGGCCCCCGCGGGCGGAGCUCAGAAGCCAUCUGCCACCUGCGCCCUUUCCGGAACAGCGCGAGGCGGUGGCGGAAAGGGGCGGGGGCAGGGCAGCAGCCCGGCAGCACUAACACUACCGGUACCGCGGUGCGAGGCGGCUGGUGCUGUCGACAGGGAUUAUACGUCCUGCUGCGGGCCUAGAAACGGGACCCACUCCCUAGCCGUAACAGCUCACCGCUUUUAUGCGCCCAAAGUGGCGUGUCUGGGAGCCGUUCCACUCCUACCCUCUUCUGAUUGGCCGCCGGGGCAGCGCCGCGUCCAGUGAUUGGCCCAAGAUCGAUCUUUCCCACUUGUCCCCAGAGGAGAGAUGGAGGGUGGAGCAUGUACGGAUGCAUGCCAAGCACCGUGGGCACGAGGCGAUGCAUGCCGAAAUGGUCCUCAUCCUCAUUGCCACACUUGUGGUGGCACAGCUCCUGCUGGUUCAGUGGAAGCAGCGGCACCCUCGCUCCUACAACAUGGUGACCCUCUUCCAGAUGUGGGUAGUGCCUCUGUAUUUCACUAUCAAGCUGAACUGGUGGCGGUUCCUGGUGAUCUGGGUGCUCUUCUCAGCCGUCACAGCUUUUGUCACCUUCCGGGCAACUCGAAAGCCUCUGGUACAGACAACACCCAGACUGGUUUAUAAAUGGUUUUUACUAAUAUACAAGAUCAGCUAUGCUACUGGGAUCGUGGGGUACAUGGCUGUCAUGUUUACGCUUUUUGGACUUAACCUAUUAUUCAGAAUCAAACCAGAAGAUGCAAUGGACUUUGGCAUCUCCCUCCUCUUCUACGGUCUUUACUACGGAGUGCUGGAACGGGACUUUGCUGAGAUGUGUGCGGAUUACAUGGCCUCAACCAUCGGGUUUUACAGUGCCUCAGGGAUGCCCACCAAGCACCUCUCUGACAGCGUCUGUGCCGUCUGUGGCCAGCAGAUCUUCGUGGAUGUCAAUGAGGAAGGGAUUAUCGAGAACACCUACCGCCUCUCCUGCAACCACGUGUAUCCUUCUCUGCAGCUCCCUCUGCUGAGUCAUGGAGCUGCACCUCAGUUUUUACCUGCUUUUGACAAAUCUGCUGUGACCCAUCUGGCUCGCAGUGCCCCUGGCAGAUAUUCUGGCAGAAGUGAUGGUGUGAGGUCAGGACAUGAGGCAUCCCUGCUCCAUGCCACGCUGGCCCCUCAUCAGAGACACAUUGCAUUCCCCUUAACAUGCCACUCCCCAGGUUUCAUGAGUUCUGCAUCCGGGGCUGGUGCAUUGUUGGGAAGAAGCAGACGUGUCCAUACUGCAAAGAGAAGGUGGAUCUCAAGAGGAUGUUCAGUAAUCCCUGGGAGAGGCCGCACGUCAUGUAUGGGCAGCUGUUGGACUGGCUGCGCUACUUGGUGGCCUGGCAGCCGGUGAUCAUCGGACUGGUCCAGGGAAUCAACUACAUCCUCGGGCUGGAGUAAGGGCAGGCGGUGGGGAGACGCAGAUCCAUGAGAGGACAUUGCCACCAGGGGUGCUGGCUUUGCUCCGUCACCUUUCAGGACCUUGACCACCACCAAGGACAGCAACGUUGGGGCCCCUCCUGCUGGGGCUAGGGGAGGAUUUUUUAAAAAAGCAAUUAUUUUAAUGAGCAUAUUUAAAACUUUCUAUUGCAGCUGAAAAGAGACGCUUGUCCCCUUUCCCUGUCCCUCUCCAGCCCUUUGCAGCGCCCUGCUGGGCUGAGCUUUGGGCUGAGGGCUGUUCUCCAGCUCCUUCCUGCCGCUCUGUCGGGGGAGGCCGUGGUGAGAAGGGUCAAGGCUUUGUCGGCUCCCAAUGCCAGCACCCUGGAGCAGCCUUGCUGGCAGCAAGGAUGGGAUAUGGGGGCUGCGGAGGAGAGGCUGGAGCCCAGUGCCCUGAAAGAGAGGAUGGAAGGUCACCUGGCUACCCCCAGCUGCCAGGUCCGCUCUGGGUGCCAUGAGUAUGCCAGCAGGAACCAGGCUGCUCUCCAGCAUGGUGAUGGUGGGCUCUGCCUUGGGGAACCCUUUUAUAUGCUCCCAAAUUUUUUGUGUUCCUCCCUGGAGUCCAGUGGUGUCCCCUGACUGCUUGGGGGGGUCAGCCAAGGCAUGGAGUGGGGCCAGUGCUAUUCCUCUCUCCACCCUUUUGGGUGACAGUAAUGGUAAUGGUACGCCAAGAGUGGGUGCCCCUGCCCCAGGGCACAGGUCUCUCCCUCACUGCGUAUAUCCGCCCUCACUUGGCACUGGAAUAAAAGGGAUGGAGUGAAAGUUGGGCUGGUGCUGGCGUUUCCCUGCCCCAGCAUUACUCCAUGAUAUCCUCCUGGCCUUGCGGGUAGAGGACCCAUGUCAAAGUCCUGCUGGGGCAAGCGGCCUUGGGCUCAAUUUUUGGUAGUGGGUGGGGGCAAAGUCCCCAAUCCCAGGGCCAGCGGUGGUAUUUUGGCAUGUGGACACUAGAGUCAUAUUCCCUGAGGGCACUGGGGUCUGGUGGAGGGCUACAAGGCAGCUUUUGGCUCAGGGGAUUUGGGAAGUGACCACAGUGGUGGCAUGGCUGUGGGUGCUGUGUGGGCUGUGUUCCCCCUGGGGAACACCAGCACCGUGCUGCAUCCUCUUGUGGUUUCACCCAAAAGAAAACUCAUUGCAGUGUUGUGCGAAACACGAAAAUAAGAGCCCUAGAAAUGGA